CAGAGACACACAGACACACACACAGACACACACACACGUCUCGACCAUCACGCGAUCCCUCGCCGGGCAUGUCCGCGCCGGUGCCGUGGAAGCUGGAACCGCCGCAGCCGCCGCCUCAAUCGGCCAAACCCACGCCGACGCCGACGCCGCCGCCGCCGCCGCCGUCCACCACCGCACCGCUGUGCCUGGACCCCGUCCCGCCGCCCAUCGAGACCCUGCCGAGCGAGCUGCCCCCGGGGGCGGGCGGCAGGGGCCCUUGGCAGCCACGGGCCGGCCGCCGCGGCAGCGAGGAGACGUUCGAGCGGAGGCCGCCGCCGCUAGGUCCGCGGCACUCCCUGCCGCCGCCGCCGAUGACGACGCCGCCGCCGCCGCCGCCGCGACCGCCCAGCUUGACGCGCGACGUCGGCGGCGUCGGCGCUCGUGCACCGGCGGGGAACGUCGGUGCCGGUGCAGGAGAUGUGAAGAAGCACCAGCAGCAGCAGCAGGUGAAGGGAGAGGAGCUCUCGUUGACCGGCCUGGUCAUUAACGUCAAGCGGGGCAGUGACACGGUUCCAGUGGUGGCGUGUUCAGGCGGUUAG